UGGAAGUUAAGGACAAGUGCGUCAUACUUGCCAGUCUAAAGAUAAUUUCUGUCUUCUUAUCCGAAUAAGUGAUAAUUUGAAUCUUUCUAUUCUCCACUAGUUGUACUAGACUAGUUCUAUAGAAACGUGACCAACUCGAACCAUGUGUGUUUAUGAUUCCAGGAACUGAAUCCAGAAUUAUCAACAACAAAAACAUCGUUGAUCAUGUCUCGUCCUGAGCAUCAGGCCCCACCAGAAAUUUUUUACAAUGAAUUAGAAGCUAAAAAAUAUACGCGAAAUACUCGAAUUAUCGAGAUUCAAUCAUCGAUGAGCGAAAGAGCAAUAGAAUUAUUAGCGCUUCCAGAUGAUGGACAACCAAAAUAUCUUCUCGAUCUUGGUUGUGGAUCCGGAUUGAGUGGUGAGGUUUUGGAAGAAAACGGUCAUUAUUGGAUCGGUUUAGAUAUCAGUUCGGCAAUGUUGGAUGUAUGUCGUGAACGUGAAUGCGAAACUGGUGAUACUAUUCAGAUGGAUCUUGGUCAUGGCCUUCCAUUUCGUGCAGGUACUUUUGAUGGUGCCAUAUCGAUUUCGGCCCUACAAUGGUUAUGCAAUGUCGAUAAACGUGGCCAAAAGCCCGGAAAACGUCUAUCAAAAUUAUUCUCAUCAUUGUAUGCAUGUUUAUCACGUGGUGCCAAAGCAGUGUUUCAAUUUUAUCCAGAAAAUAGUGAUCAAAUUGAAUUGAUAACCAAAACAGCUAUGAAAGCUGGUUUUUAUGGUGGCUUGGUCAUUGAUUUUCCCAAUAGUAGUAAAGCGAAAAAAGUCUUUCUCGUAUUAUUCACCGGUGUUGCACCACAAUCUAUGCCAAAAGCAUUGGGAACUGGUGAUGAUGAAGAUGUUCAUGUUCCAAGUACGGUCGAUUAUGAUUCAAAACGAGAACGAAUUCGUAAUGCAAAAGCAAAAGUACCCAUUAAAUCUCGACAAUGGAUUAUAGAUAAAAAAGAUCGAUACCGAAGACAAGGUAAAGAUGUUCGUGAUAAUAGUAAAUAUACAGGCCGAAGGCGGUGUGGCCGUUUUUGAUAAAUGAAUAAAAAAAUUUAUUUACAAAAAUCAA